UAUGAUGACCGGUUCAUUCUCUGUUUCUCUCCCUUUAUUUAUUUGAUCGUCUUCUUCCUCUUUGCUCUGUGUAUUAAUACUACUACCAGUUAGGGUUUAUCUGCACUACGAGGUUUCCUAUUCCGUCGACUCUCCGCUGCCGUGUUUUUGUCACGGUAGCGAAUCUCUUUCCGUAUCAUGUCUGGGUAUCCGGUGGAUCGCGUUCAUCAGCUCAACGAACGAAUCUCAUCGAAGCGGAAACUAGAUGAUUCUGGUUCAUCGGGAAACGAAGAGGGUAUGUCGGAAUUAGCCACCUUUAGGGCUAGAAGGGAUGAUGGUAAUCAAAGCACGAUGGGGAAUCAGCAAUCUCUUUAUCAAAGUGGAGUUUCUGGUCACAUUGAUUCAAUUUACCCUGUUUUUAGGUUACAGUUCUUUGUUCGUCAGAUCUCAGAUGGUACUGCGUUGGUUCUGCAUGGGAAUCCAGAGGAUUCGGUGGAAUCGGUUCAUCAGCGAAUCCGUUCGAUUACUGGUAUACCGAUGUUGGAGCAGCGGCUGAUUUAUAGGGGGAAACAGCUUCAGUGGGACCAAUCUUUAGGUGAAUGUUUGAUACAGAACGAUUCGGAGCUUCAAUUGGUUGGAAGAAUGCGCAGUACUCAUUAUCCUUUGGCUUGGCAACUGCUGGGAGAUCUAAUAUCACAUAUUUUAAGGAGGUGCAAGGGAGACCUGUCAUGGCCACUGAUUACAGUCACUUCAAAGCUAAUGGAGUUUUUGGAAAUCACUUUUGGAAGUGAUAGUGAAACCACAGGAGGACAUCUUGAGGUAUUUUUAGCUUCGGCUGCUCCUUCAGCUUUAGUAAUGUUAUACAUGUCUCCAAGACAUGGAAACAAGGAGUGUGCUGCCGAAUUGAUUCGGAAGUUUGUAAUUUCAUGUCGGGGUCUUAGCUCUGCGUCUAUUCAAAUUAUGAUCGCUCCCAUCUUGUUAGAAUUUUGUAAAUUGCUCUCUUCAGCUUCUCGUAAUGAUCAUUUGUAUUCAUUAUGCAGAAGUAGUCUUGGUUCUAUUAUUGGGAAUGUCAGAAUUAGCGGGGAUACUAAGCUUAGUGAUAAUGACAACAAUGAGGGGGCGAUUCAAUUCACCGAGAUCUUCCCCAUUUUUAGUGUAAUUGCUUUUAAUUUGUCUGAAGAUCUAGGAAUGUCUGCCUUCGAUCCCAUGACUAGACAUGGACCGAGGUUAAGUGAUGUUCGCGACUUUGCAGCCUUUUCUGCUGCGUUUGAGUCUGUAGUGAAGAGUGAGACAGGUUCUAUUUGCUUGUCUUUUGAUGAUGAUGAUGAUGGUGGUGGUGGCAAGAAUAAGCUUGUCUGUAGUUCCAAGGAAAUUAGGAUGUUUUGUGAAAUCUACACUGACUUAGUUAAAAAGAUUGAAACAUGUCUAUCUGAAAUUGAGGAUUUAGUAGAUUUUAACGGUGGAAAGGAAGAAAGAGAAGAGGAGGUUCACCAGGGUUGGUCGUUGUAUCUUGCCAUCUUGAAGGUACUCAAUGGGAUGUCAAAGAUUUAUAAAGGAGGUCAUAAACAACUUUGGAUGAAGUUACUGCCUAGAAAGAAUGCUCUUUGUUUUCUAAUAAUGCAUUUUGCUAAGAACGCUGAAGAGGAUUCAUGGAUAUUGGAGAUCAAGGAUGCCACAGAUUUCGAGUCUAGGAGGCACUUGACGAUGAUGAUGCUUCCUGAAGUGAAGGAUGACGAUUUUGACGAACAACACGAAAUGCUUAUAGACAGAACAGAGUUGUUGGUUGAGUCAUACCAGUAUAUUACACAUGCAGAUCCAUCGGAUUUGCGUAGGGGCCUGCGUAUGGAAUUCAAAAACGAGGAAGCUUCUGGUCCUGGUGUAUUAAGAGAAUGGUUUUUCUUAGUAUGCCAAGCAAUAUUUAAUCCUGAAAAUUCUCUUUUCUUGACUUCGCGGAGUGAUCGUAGAAGAUUUUAUCCAAACCCUGUGAAGAGCACGGAAGGUGUUUUGCUACUGGAGUAUUAUAAAUUUGCCGGAAAAUUAGUUGCGCUUGCCUUGACCCACAAGGUGCAAGUAGGAAUCCUACUGGAUCGCAUCCUGUUUGUUCAAUUAGCAGGUUUCGGUAUACUCUUGGAAGAUAUUAGAGAUGCAGAACCUGAAAUGUACAGCAGCUGCAAGAAGAUAUUGGAGAUGGAAGCGGAAGAGGUUGACUCAGAUGUGUUGGGACUAACAUUUGUGCGAGAAGUUGAAGAAAUGGGAAAUAGGAAAGUGGUGGAGCUUUGUCCUGGAGGGAAGGGGAUUUGUGUGAAUAGUUUAAAUAGGAUAAAGUAUGUGAAUCUUUUGAUUCAUCAUACUUUUGUGAAAUCUAUGAGUCUGCAGGUAGGUCAGUUUGCUGCAGGAUUUGAAGACAUAAUGCGCAAGUCUAGUGAUAGGAAGGCAUUUUUCCGAGGUUUGGAGCUUGGGGAUCUUGAUAUGAUGUUACACGGUGAAGACCGAGCUGUUCCUGUUGAUGACUGGAUGAAACACACUGGUUAUAAUGGAUAUAAGAAAACUGAUCCUCAGAUAAUCUGGUUUUGGAAGAUAGUAGAAGAGAUGAGUACAGAGAGUCGAAAGAACCUUUUGUUCUUCUGGACCUCAGUGAAAUAUCUUCCUUUGGAAGGAUUUGGUGGUCUGGGAUCGAGGCUGUUAAUAUGCAUACCAGCAUCAACCGAUGAGAAUCAUCUCCCGUCCUCGCAUACCUGCUUCUACAGACUAUGCCUACCUGCUUACAGUUCUAUGCCGGUGAUGAAGGAGAAAUUGCGAAUCAUUACUCAAGAACAUGUCAGUGGAAGCUUUGGAACCUUGUGAAAAAUAUUCAAAUUUUAACAUUUAAGGAGACUCUGUAUUAUCAUUAUUAUUAUUAUUAUUAUUAUUAUUAUAUAGAUAGAAAGUAUAAAAUAGAGUGUGAUCCAAUUUGGUUCA